CAGCCUUCGGUUACAAAAAGCUGCACAUUUCCAGGGAGACAAACACAGGCGAACGGUACUUUGAGGAGGAUGUGAGAGGUUAAGCUUUCGCAGGGAAGCAUGAGAGAGAAGAGGGACGGAAGCAUGGUGAAAGGCCCCUGGUGUUUGUAUGAUGGAUGGCGCAGGGAAGGAGAGAUCCUCAGAGAGCUCUAGAACCGUCCCAUGUCCAGUUCACCCCGAAACAGAUGUCUCCAGCCUUUUAUGGAAACACAAAGACUGCUUCUCUUCAAAUGAGACCACUUCCCUUCAUCAGAAAAAUAAAGAUAACAUUUACAUGGACAACCAAAAAGCUGUGCUGGACCUAAAGGAUGUCCCUCCACCGCCGCCUCCUCCUCUUCCUCAUUAUCCUUCUACAUCGCAGUUAUCCCAGGCCUUUCCUUCAGCACCUUUGCCUCCUGCCUGCUUGCCACCUUCCCUGCAGCCAACACGAGACUCGCACCAACGACACUCGCCAUCAAAACGCCAACAAGAAGGGGCUAGCCCCAAAGUAAGCAUUUGCACCCACUGUGACUACUGCAGCACAGACGGCUAUGGCUUGUUGGGUGGAAGAGGUGUUGUUGGCAGCAGCAUUUGUACACCUCAGACAGCAUCAAACUCUCUGAGAGCACCAAUCGGCAGCAGUAGUAGCAGAUUAGAUCCGUGCUCUGUAGCCUUGUCUGUUUAUCGCUAUGAUAACCUGAACCAUAAGGCGCCUGAUCCAUUGCUCACUCUUGGUUGCAAACCUCAGUUGCCCUCUUCUGUGGCUACCUCUCAGCCUCUUUCCCUUCAACCUUACUUUCCCUGCUGCUCAGGACUUCAUCCCUGCUCAGCUUUACCUCUUCCACUCAGUCAGCACAGCACAUUUCCCUCUUCUGCACCCCUGUCUUCCUCCGUUGCCUUUCCACCUGCUCCUGUGCAGGAUUCUUGUCUGGUUUCCUCUGGCUUUUACACGUGUGGUGUGGACUGCACCACAUCAACAAGAACAUCCCAAAGAACUGCACUCUGUGAUCACCCAAGCAGCACAACUGUUACCACUUCAACCACCUCAGCACACCUCUACUCUAAUCCUGUGCUCCAGGAUGUAAAACACACUGUUUGUCGGAAUGGGGCACACUUCUGCCAGGCGUGCUUGUUAAAGCCAAAGACUGGUUUGAGUUCAGAGUCCAAAUUGUGGGCUGACAUUCCUGCACCUCCAACUGUUCCCAUCCCUCUUCCCAUUUGUAAUGGAUGUGGGACGUCCUCUGAUGGCAUGAUGCUCAUGCCGUCCCCCAAACAUGACAAGAUUGGCUAUAAAUAUGAGAAUAGUGUUCCUGAGAGCAUCCCUCCCGUCGGUGUCUUCUGGGACAUUGAAAACUGCAGCGUGCCCAGUGGACGCUCCGCUGAAGCAGUGGUGCAGCGGAUUCGCAGCAGGUUCUUCCAGGGACACCGUGAAGCAGAGUUUAUCUGCGUCUGUGACAUCAGCAAAGAGAGCAAAGCAGUCAUCCAAGAGCUCAACAACUGCCAGGUUACUGUUGCUCAUAUUAAUGCCACAGCUAAGAAUGCUGCCGAUGACAAACUUCGGCAGAGCCUGAGGCGAUUUGCUGAUACCCACACUGCACCUGCGACCGUCGUUCUGGUGUCCUCGGAUGUGAAUUUUGCCAGCGAACUGAGUGACUUGCGUCAUCGCCACGGCUUCCAGGUGAUUCUGAUCCAUGGCAACCACACAUCUUCGACUCUGCUGCAGCACGCCCACCGCCAUGUGCCAUUUCAGGAAAUCACAGCUGAUCUACCACUGCGCAUGCUUGUCAAAUCACAGUCCAGUUUCAGCCUCCUCUAUGUGCACAACCUCCCCAUCAUCUGUGACAAGACCCUGCAGAAUGCUGUAAAGCUUAGGCUUCGCCGCCUGUCAGACAACUGCGGGGGCAAAGUGCAGAGCAUGGCCCAGGGUUCAGCAGUCCUCCGCUUUGGUAGCCCUGAGGCAGCUGCACGGGCCCGCAAACGAAUGGAUAACGAGGAUGUGUUUGGCUACAGAAUCAGCCUCUCUUUCUCACCAAGGCCCAGAGAUGAUGUUGGUCCUGGGGCUCAGCUUCAGUCUAAACCCCGGUCGUUCGAAACCAAGGUGUCUGUGCUCGCCCCUUUCCCAACCAUAUCUUCCUCCUCUUUUCUGCCCCUGGAGAAGCCCAGAUCGCCCAGGAGGCCACGGCGAGCCACUCGCCCCUUUCCCGCCUCUGGCCUGGUGCCCGAGAGGCCCUACAGCCCCAGGAGGGGUUCCAGUGGGCCUCCCGGUGGUGCUCCAGCCAAACCGCAUCAGGAGAUGGUUAACAUGGAAACAAAGUCCAGGGUGGGCCUGCCACACCUGGGCAGAAGGCGAGCCGCUUCCUCAUCACCCCACAGAAAUGAGACGGGAGCCCAGGAGGAGCAGACCAAGUUUGGCCUAACUGGAGAAUCUAUACACAAGAGAGAGGGCUCCAGUCCUCGCCGUGUAACCAGAUCACCUGUAGCGCAGAGGGACAUGAACUCGGGUGAGUUCAAGAUUAGCACACCCUCAGCCUUCAGCAAGCUAAACCUGAACCGGAGCUUCAGCCCGCUUGUCCCGUCUCAGGGGUCCUGGUCCUCCCGGAGCGGAUCCCCCUGCCUGUCCAGCCGCUCCUCUCCUCUGCUCACAACCGCUCACAGCUCUUGCCCUGAAGGUCCAGCUGAGCCUUUCUCAGAGGGGGCAGAACUCCAGAUAGCCAACCUUGACUACAGAAUGUCCCGCAAAGAUCUGCAGCAAAUACUGCAUGACACCUUCUCUCGAUAUGGACAGGUGAAAGUUGUGGAUCUGAGCCCUCACACUGACUAUCAGCUGAAGGCCACAGUUCAGAUGAUGUCCCUGCAGCAGGCCAUCAGUGCUGUCGGUGCUCUGCACCGUUAUAAGAUUGGAAGUAAACGCAUUCAAGUGUCUCUGGUCACUGGGGGCAACAGCAGAUCUCUUUCCUUGCUCAGCACGGAGCUCAUCUGCAUUCUCCAGGAUGCUCCUGCCAAUUGUCUCCCUCUGUUCAAACUUGCUGAGAUCUAUGAGAAGAAGUUCUGCCGUAAACUCGUCAUUGGUGAUCUGUACAAGUUAUCAGAUGUGCUCUCAGUGCGGGAACAGGGAAGUUCCAGGCUAGUGUGCCUUCUUCCCAACAUCCAAAUCCAUAAGAGUCCACUAGGAUCUUCUCGGUCCCAAGAAGGUUCCUCUGCAAGCGGGAGUCCUGUUGUGUUUGAGGAACUCGAGUACCACGAGCCUGUUUGCAGACAUCAUUAUGCUAAGCAAGACUUCAGUGAGGCUGACUUUGACCCUGAAUCCUAUAAAAUCCCUUUUGUCGUGAUGUCGCUGAGCAGUUUGUCCUCUGAGGUCCACAGUCUGUUGCAGAUGCAUGACGGCACUCUGCCGCUGCUCAGUUUUCCAGACUGCUAUGCAGCAAAAUUUAGCCCUCUGCAAGUUGGCAUUGAGAUGCUAGAGGAUGGUGUUCCUCUGGAGCAUCUGAUUACCUGUGUUCCCAGUAUCACCAUUGUCACAGCUCAGAAUGGGUUCAAAGUCAUCAAGUGGAUCCAAAACAAACCACCUGCACAAAACUCAGAGCCAUGGAUUCAGCGUUGCAAGAGUCCUGUUGGCAAUCCACAGCUCAUCCAGUUUAGCAGAGAGAUUAUUGACCUGUUGAAGAGUCAGCCAUCUUGCCUCUUGCCAAUCAGCAAAUUUAUACCUUCCUAUCACCAUCACUUCGCUAAGCAAUGCCGAGUCUCAGACUAUGGCUUCUCCAAGCUGCUGGAUCUUCUGGAAGCUGUCCCACAUGUGCUGCAGAUUAUAGGAAUGGGUACCAAACGUUUACUGACCCUAACCCAUAGAGCACAAGUAAAGCGCUUCACACAAGACCUCCUUAAAUUGCUCAAGUUUCAAGCUAGUAAACAAGUUGCAAUCAGGGACUUUAUGCAGGCCUACCAUUGGUGCUUCUCCAGAGACUGGAGGGUAACGGACUAUGGCAUAUGUGACCUGAUGGACCUGCUGGCAGAAAUCCCAGACACAACCAUCACCAUCACACACCAGACCACAGACAUGGUCAUCUCUGUUCCUAAGAGAGAUCGUACUGUGGAGGAAAUGGAGAGAACCAAGCAGUUUGGAAAGGAGGUAGUGGACCUCCUCCGUCAUCAGCCACACUGUCGAAUGCCGUUCAGUAAGUUCAUUCCUACCUACCACCACCACUUUGGUCGUCAGUGCAAGCUCAGCUACUAUGGCUUCACCAAGCUGAUGGAGCUCUUAGAGGCAAUCCCAGACAUUCUGAUGGUUUUGGAAUGUGGUGAAGAGAAAGUGCUGAUUUUAACUGAGGUUGAGCGUAUCAAGGCUCUGGCAGCUCAACUAGUCAAGCUGCUCCGGGCUCAGAAAAACUUCAGUCUUUCUGUCAGCCAGCUUCUCCCAGAAUACAACAAGACCUUCGGUUACGGUCUUCGUCUGCAGGACUACGACGCCGCUGCGCUGCCUGCUCUGCUGGCCAAACUCUGCCAUGUUGUCAAGGUGGUGGACGGCUCUGACGGUCGAGAAGUGCAACUAAUCAACAGGAAGUCUCUACGGCUGCUGACCACUCAGCUGCUGGCUCUGCUCAUGUCCCAAGAAAACCAUCAACUGACGAAGGGUAUGAAGGUGGAGGAGCUGAGCCAGCAUUACCUGAAUGUUCAUGGAACCCAGCUUAAUCCUUGUGAAUAUGGGUUUCUGUCUCUGAGCGAGCUGCUGAAGAGCCUGCCCUAUCUUGUAGAGUUGUACUUUGAAGAGAGUGAUGAAAACUGUGAAGACUGCAGCACUGAUGGUGGCCAUGGGGUUGAGUGGGUGAGGCUGACCAAGCUUUACCAGUUUGCUCGUAACGUCCGGGCGCUGCUCCACACCUACCACUACAACCAGAUCUUCCUGACAGAGUUCCAGGGGGCGUACAGCAAGUUUACAGGGUGCAGCUUUGAACCUUGCUUUUAUGGAUGCGUCAGCGUUGACGAGCUGCUCAGCGCUAUUCCACAGGUGGUCUGGAUCAAAGGACAUGGUCAUAAGAGGAUUAUCGUUUUAAAGAACGAUAUGAAAGCAAAGCCAAGCUAUUCAAUAUCCAACAGCCCACAGCCACAAGAAAACGCUGAGAGUCUGAGGGACAGCCCCAUCAGCAGCACAACAUCAGGAACUCAAAGUCCAGGUUGCGAUGCUGAUUCAGAGCUGCUUCGUCUGACCUCACCUGUUGACCUGUUGUGUGGCCCUGUACCAUCCUGCCUGCCGUCACCUCAGCUCCAUCCUGACCCUGUUCUCCAGCAGAUGGACUUGAUUGACUUUGAGAAAACUCCACCUCCACAACUCCCAACAGAGCCAGAAUCUGUAGAGGAGGCAGCAGCAGAUGGCACCUCUGAUCCUCCUGAGCAGCCUGGCUGGAGAGAUGAUUCACCACCACUCUGUGACGAGAAGAACAUGUUGUCCAUGGACAGUCCUGGAAGGAGAGUUUCACGCAGCAGAUUUAAACUAGCUGCCAACUUCUCUUUCACAACAGGCCUCUGAUCCACUCAUCUGCUUCGAAAAAACAACUGCCAACUCUAAAUGGAUCAUGACCUUCAGCAUCUUGACAGGCUGUUGCAUUUGUGGGUUUCCUUCUACUCCUCAGCAAGCUUUCUUCUUGGUUCAUAAUGUUUAUUAUUGUUCACCUGACUGUGAUCUUUUAAUUCUUUGAUUUGCAAACUGAUCUACUGUUCCUAGAUGUCAUCCCAGGAUCAGUGGAUUUCAUUCUCAGUUCUGAGCCAUAGUUGAUGUGUUUAGAAACUCAGUUUUUAUAAACUGAGUUAGUUUUCACUGUAUCGUUUUCAGUUGGUAAAACUGACAUGUGGACAGUUUUUACUAAGAUUUCGAUGAAACAUUCAAAGUUACUCCUUUACUCUCAGACAGAAACUUUCAUUUAAAACCCUAAUUUCAACCUUUGGAGAUUUGUCUUGGUUGGUUAUGAUGGUUACAAUGAGCAAUCCAGGUGAUGAGUUGCUGCCUGUUGAAUUCUUUCUGAUUUUUAAAGUAGUUUGCAUCUCUAUGCUCUCCUGUCUCUGCACAAUUUAGAAAGAACUAAAAAAACAAAACACUGCAGACUCUGUGUUCAUCUAUGAAGGAGCCUGUCCCUAAUCGUGUAGCGGCCCGAUGAGACCGUAGUGCCUAAACGACAGAAACCGACAUUCUCCUAAUGGUUAUCUGCAGCCAGCAGCUUGUCUAGCUGUGCUUCUGUCUGUGUGGUUUACACUGCAGUGGGUGGAGUGAAAUGUGCAAGGCGUGCAUAACUUGAGUUUAUGCAAGGUGUAACCCCAGAAGCAGAUGAAGAGAAGACAUUGUUUAAGAUCAGUCUUGAUUUCUGGAUCUCAGAGCUGCCCUCACCCAGGCAGCUGCCAUGUAAAGGUUUGUCGAGUUAACCUUUGCCACUACUGGGCACUGAAUCUUAAUGGUGGAGUAUUUGGAGGACACCACACAGUCCUGAGUUUUUGAUUUUUAACGGCACAGUGAAUGAGUUUAGAGGAGAGAGGGGGCUGGAGCUGAUGGAUUUCAGAGUCUGGGGCUCUGAAAAGCCUCUUGCACAGACUGUUGCCCUCACAGAGGGGCCCUCUGCAGCUCGCUGGAAUCUGCCGGGCUUUUACAAUGGCUUGUAUUUGCCGCGGUGCUGAAACAUGUUGCCAUCGUUCCUCCCUCUCAGGCAGAGUGGUUUUAACGUACAGGUGUGUGUGUUGAUCUCAGGUAUUUGUUGGUUUUCCUUUUCGCCCGUUGGCUGCUGGCUGCUGAAAUAUCUCCAGAUGUCGGCUACAUGUGCAGUUUGGCACAAACCAGAUGUAACUGAAGUUUAUUAUAAACCUUCAGUGAAUGGGUCACAGCCCAUCUAAUUGGUUUGUUUGCACUGAUACUGGGUUUAGUCUGUUUAAGGUAUUCUGCUCUAGGUUUUUUUUUUUGUUUAGCUGGUGUUGAAAGCUCUCCCUACCAUCAUGCACAAAUCAGAGAGUUUUUAAAUGUGGCUCCUAUUGCUCAUUUCUUCUGCAGCAUUUUAGAGACCAGUUGAAGGGAUCAUCAGUUCAAAGUAAUUGUUUGAAAUUAAUGACAUAAAAACAACUUAAUCUGAUCAGAAAACAUCUGAAUUUAAAUUUAACCGAAGGACUUCCUUUCUUUGUAUGAACUACAGUGACAACUAACUCAUUUUAUUGAGUCCUUGUUUCAGUUGGAUCACUGAGAACCUGCUGUACCUGUUGACAUAUGCACGUAUGCAUAGUUUUAGUUCCUGAAAUACAUGUUUGAGAAGGUUUAACAGAGUUCUUCAUGUGUUGAAUUUCUCAGUUAUUCUACAAAAGAUUUUAAGGAACUUUAUGUUGCCAUGAGUAUUUUGUUUACCUGCUCAACAACUGUCUCAUUGAGUCACUGUCUCUGCGGUCAGUUUUUACUGCCUUGCUGCACCAACUCUGGUUGCAACAGUCAGAUCAUGUUGAAGCGACCAAAAAUGAAUCUACUAAUAAAAUUCACAAGCAUCA